AUGCUCGGAAUCUACAUCCAAGCAUCCGGCGGUAGUGCAAUUCUAAAAGCGCCGAUGCGCAAAUUCACCGGCAUCCAAAUGCCACGUGAAAUGGUUGCCGUUCGCGAAUAUCACUUCCAAACAGAACAAUUUGUAGCGGAGAAAAAGGAAGUGAUGGUACGGACCAAGCAGUUAGGAAAAACGGCGAAGCAAACGAAAAUGAGGAAAGAGGAGGAGGAGAUGGGAAGAGAGAAGAAGGCGGAUGGCUCCGGAGGGGAGGAGGGCAGCGUGCCGCAGCUGGUUCGUGCGUUAAAUAGGAGAAGUCGUAUGCUCCAUUAACAGUUGCAGAACGCGAAUCACGAGCAAACGGUCAAGUUCAUGAGACUGGUGGGCACGAAGGACUCGAGCAUGUGGGACGACGCCGGCUCGCAGACCGAUCACUCGGAGAUGUCGGAGGGCCACUACUCGGACGAAUCGCCAGGGGAUCGACAGCUUCGCGAGCGCCGCAACGACCUGAAGAAGCAGAAGAGAAUCCGGCGUAUCAGGGCGAUAAACAUGCGACACGGCAUUGUUGACUAG